AUGCCCCAACGGUCUCAGGAGGCCAAGCAAGGGAGAAUAUUCUUAACACGCCACCUGAUUCACCAUGUCGCAGUACACGCAAUCAAUGCCAAGAGGGCCCUUUAUCUUUUGCUGUCGACAUUGAACCAAAACCUGCGCCGGCUUCCCGUCUUGGCUUCCACAUCUCUCGGCCUGAAGAGCUUCAUCUGUCACUUCAUCAUGGUGGAAGCGCCUUCGCAUUUGGCCCUUGCGGCUAGACUUCUCCCGGUCUUCUUUUCUUUUCUUCUUUUCAGCGCUUUCGCCGUUAAUCAAAUCUGGACUUACGACGAUCCCCAUCGAUGCAGGGCGCUACUCGGUGAGAGUGAACGAAAUGGAAGCUGGCUCCAUAUCCCCGACGAGGCGGGUGCUCGAAAGCCCUUCACCAAUUGGCAGCCGGACGGAUGUAUGCUGCAUCACUACACAGCGGAUGAGAUUAAAGAAUGUAUGGGUGAUCGACACAUGGUCUUCUCGGGAGACUCGACAACGCGACAGGUCUACUGGGGCAUGUCGAGGCUGUUGGAUCGUGACAAGUCAUUGGAAGAUCGCGAAAAGGCAAAACCUCACAGGAGCUACAAUAAGACCUACGGCGGUUUACAACUACUGCAUAUUUGGAACCCGUACCUGAAUACCAGCAAAGCCAUCACGAAACAGAUCAAGAUCGUGACCAAUCAAAAGCACAGUGAGAUCGACCACGAAGAUGCCGAGAGUAAAGGAAAGGGCCAGCCAGGUCUCAUCAUGCUUGGCGGUGGAGCUUGGUACGCAGGUAACUACUACGCCAACCAGUCCAAAGUGCACUUCCAAGAAGCCUUCGACAAUAUCACCGAACUUCUUGACUUCGGCGAUCUCCCCAGAUUCGGCACCACACCCUUGGAUCCCGUCGAGGGUGUCGGCAACGAAGUCUUCAUUGCUCCUAUAGCACCUCCGUACUACGACGAACUUCCUGCUUAUCGAACAAAGCCCAAAGGGCUCCAACGGGGAGAAAUCGAGACCAUGGACGAUAUCAUGUAUGAACGGGAGGACAAGCAGAACCUUCGCUUGCUUCGGGCGUUUCCGCAGUUGUCCGUCAAUCAACCCGAGGCUAUCGUCGACAGGACAGAUACUGGACUCCACGUCAUUGACUCGGUCGCCGAGAUCAAAGCACAGAUAUUGCUCAACCUACGAUGCAAUGCCAAGCUCGACAGGACGGCUGGCUAUCCUUUCACUCGAACUUGCUGCACAGACUACGGCGGCAAACCUUGGGCUCAACUCGCCAUUGUUGGUGGUGUAGCCAUCUACGCCGCUCUGUGCAUCUUUUUCGAAGGCAUCAGUCUUGUCUCGUCUGUUGAUUUCAAAUGGCUCAACAUCAAGGUUGGCAUUUUCGCCAUUGCCUUGCUCUACUGCUACUCGGCCGACCGCACGCAGAUGUUUGCCAAGGGCAUGAAGGAGUUUGUCCCAACAGAAUUCUAUCUCCUCAGUGGGCUUUGUGCCGUUAUAGGAGUACUGACCUUUCGAAAAACCAAUACCCGCGCACCUCGUCUUCCCAGCAAUGGGCAAGGGCCUGCUAUAGCAGUACAAGAAGAUGCGGGAAUCCUCUUUAGAGACCAGACCGAAGAGUGGAAGGGUUGGAUGCAGGCGGUUAUUCUUGUCUAUCACUGGACAGGAGCUUCUCGCAAUCUUCCCAUCUACAUAUUCAUCCGUCUACUCGUUGCGGCGUAUCUCUUCCAGACUGGGUACGGACAUACCAUCUACUUUCUUGCCAAGAAGGACUUUUCGUUCCGUCGCGUUGCGAGUGUUUUACUUCGCCUUAACGUGCUCAGCUGCGCCCUCCCGUAUGUCAUGGGAACUGACUAUAUGUUCUACUACUUUGCGCCGCUUGUUAGCUUUUGGUUCCUCGUGGUCUAUGCCACCCUGGCCAUUUGCUCUGGAUUCAAUGAUAGCACCCGAUUUGUUGUUAGCAAGAUCGGCGUAUCAUUUGCUAUAAUCACAGUUGUUCUCAAUUUUACACCAGUCCUCAGCUGGGUAUUUGCAAUUCUUGAGACCAUCUUCCGCAUCAAGUGGGAUCUUGACGAGUGGAUGUUCAGAGUGACGCUGGAUGGUGUCAUUGUGUUUGUUGGUAUGCUCGCAGGUAUUGUCCAUCAACGGGUCAAGCGUGAUUCUGCAUGGUAUACCAACUACCACUUCGCCAUCAUGCCUUCGAUACUGGCCAUCGUGGGCUUCAUAUAUCUCUGCGCGAACAUCGAAAGCAAAGACCUUUACGUCGUCGUACAUCCGAUCAUUUCAAUUGUACCCAUAUUCGCCUUCAUCGCUAUCCGAAACGCGACGACACCCAUGCGAAACAUGUUCUCCAGCACAGCGGCAUGCCUAGGACGAUGUUCCCUCGAAACUUUUAUCCUGCAGUUUCACAUCUUCCUGGCCGCCGAUACCAAAGGCGUUCUUCUACUGGAUGCCUUCAAAGGCGACGGCAGUUUGGUCAACGAUCGAUGGCGAGAUCUCGCAGUCCUUGUGCCUAUCUUCCUCUGGAUCAGUCAUCUAGUAGCAGAAGCAUCUAACAAGAUAGUCAACCUUGUUUUAGGUCCGGCUCCGGGGAAGUCAGUUGUUCAGGAUGGAGAAGAGGAUGAAAGCCAACUUAAGAUUAUUGAGCCUCUGUGGGAAAGUAUGCCAAUACUGAACAGUGAGCAUUUGCACCGUGCUAGAAGCCUUUGCAAAGCCAUCACCGCAGGUCUCCCUCUGCGAAUUGCACUCAUUUUAGGGGUCAUGUGGCUUCUCAACUUGUUGUGGUGA